ACGAGGCAGAUGGCACUUCCUUGUGGAAUAAAACAGAAUGGAUCACAAAUGAGGCCGUCCCUGGCUCGUAAAUUAUCCAACGCUUUUCAAAACAAUUUAAGGCCUGUCUUUACUCAAUAUCGCCAGACCAACAGUGUAUUAUCAUGGUGAUUACUGCCCGACGUAUCGGAGAAUAAGUUGACAAAAAAAUUAGAACUUCCUCAUUGCUUGGGACCCCGGUCUUGAAAUGAAUAGAACCCUCGAUCCUUUAUGCGAAGGAGACGACUGUGUGGAGAACUAGUGUUGAAAGGAGCCAGAUUCAUGAUCUGAAGACGAUCAGAUGAUGGACGACAGCGAUAAUUUCAAGAGGGAUGUGUCUGAUUCGUCUACUACUGAUGGUACGGAUGGGAGACAACAGCCAGAGGAUGUUUCCUCGCGAAGAGAUCUCGCCGAACCACGGCCGAUCUCGCAUCGUCCCCGUGAAGACGUGGACUCUGGUAUUGCAUUUUCUCUGCGUACCGAUGAAUCGGGCAGCGUGUGGCAGAAUGAUGGAUCUUUGAGAGUGUUCAUUGGGAAUGAACAAAGUUAUCACAUGAAGAACAAUUAUUCCACGUCACGUUCUAACGACAUUGGUGGUGAAUUUGCAAUAGGAAUCAGAGAGACUUGUAGCACAUCUCAGGAUUAUGGCAUUCGGAGCUCUCUUGUGGCAGACACACCAGCUAAUCGCCAUUGCCUUGCAGCCAGUGGUCGACCACCGUAUAAGAUUAAUAACGUAUCCGAUAAGUCAACACGUCGGCGACGUCACAUCCAGGCCGCCGUCAUCGUAGCAGCAUUUGUCCUCAGCAGCAUCGUGCUCCUCUGUGUACUCAUCAUGGCGCUGGUGUGAGAAGGAUACCACCUAUUGUACUGUCUGUGUGCCACAGAUACCCCCACAGAAUUGGCAUCAAAGAAAACCCAUCUGAGAUUACACUGCUGAGGACAAUCAAAACUCUGUAAGGAUAUUUAAGAUUAAUAUUUUCAAACCGAUAUAAAACAUAUAAACCACG